AUGCAGCGUUCGCCAGUACGCCGUAGUCCACGUCUUCAUUCCGAGGACCUUACACAAGUUCCUCAAAACACAGGAGACAUCGCCAAAGUUACUGAGGCAUGCAACAAAACCACUGAAAUAUCAGCCAGUACUAUCAUGAUGAACCCCACAGUCUCGGCUGCAGUAGCAGAAGCAUCAAUCGCCAAUGCAUCCCAAAGCCCCACCGCCGCCGCAGUCACUACAACGAUACCAUUCCGCACUCCAGCUGUACCAGAUGAUAUCAGAAGCGUAGUGCAUUGUACAUAUACUAGCUCUCAGGCUAGCGGCCCUUGCAAUAUCGCCACGCCAACAGCAGCCAGCAGAGUAUUACCAAUUCUUGCAAGUGCACCGACAACUAUUAACGCCGCCGAGGAGAGCAUGAUUUUUCUGAUGCAAAGGCAAAUUGCUAACCUAGAACUGCAGCUGAAACAUGCACAAGCCAGGAUAACAGAGAGUGAACAGCAACGACAAAGACUGGAGCCUUCCGCCAUUACAUCAUAUGCCUUGCCGUAUUCCAGACCACUAGAUGCAAGGGAUUUCGCUGUAGCGAAUAACGCUUCUUCCACCUUUUCGCAUAACGGUCACGUAAUCACACGACAUAACGGGACUUCAGGCAUGCAAAGUUACAUCGGAACGAUAGCUAAUUCGUUAAAUGGACUACAAUAUACCGCUCCGCCAAUAAACAUGCAAAGCCAUAUGCAUAUGGCGAGUGCAAAUCCGUCAUCAAGCGUAAUUAGUCCUACAAUCACACCGCACUCGGCAUAUAGCCAAGCGAUAAGUAACACCCCUCAGAGCGUCAUCCAACCUCCGCGGAAGCUCAUGGACCUGCCAGAAUUUUCUGGGCAACCGGAAGAUUGGCCAGUGUUUCACACUGCAUACACUGAGUCAACAAUAGCAUACAACUAUUCCAACUUCGAAAACAACCAACGCCUGAACAAGUGCCUAAAGGGUAGUGCGAGGGAGAGCGUCAAGUCUCUCUUGAUCCAUCCUAAUAAUGUUGGAGCUAUAGUCGAGCAGUUACGUGUCCGCUUUGGACGUCCAGAACAACUAGUAAGGAGCCAGCUGAAAGCCGUACGAGACAUGCCAUUUGUUUCCGAAGCAGCUAUUGGAAAGAUAGUGCCAUAUGCUACUGCGACAAAAAAUCUUACCGUAUUCCUACAGUCCAUUGGAGAAGAAAAGCACUUGGUCAAUCCAACAUUAUUGGAGGAACUAGUGAAUAAAUUACCGCUUAGUAAACGCCUUGAGUGGGCAAGGUAUUCUGCCACGAUUCAGCCGUAUCCUACUAUCAUUAACUUCAGUGACUGGUUAUCAGAGAUUGCCAGUUUUGUCCAAAUGGUGCAAGAUAGUGAAUGCCGUGAACCCAGACGUCGUGCAGUGUUGCACACUAACGGAGAACGCUCGAUAAAAUGCAUCAUGUGCCAUGGUUUGCACAAGGUGUCCGAAUGCAAGAAAUUCUUAGAUGCCACCGUCGCCGAAAGAUGGGAGCAAUCCAAACGUCGUCGACUAUGCUUCAGUUGCUUGAACGUAGGUCAUGCCACGCGAGAUUGUCGUCUCCGUAAGCAAUGUAUGGUUCAUGGAUGUCAACGGCAGCACCACCGCCUUUUACACGAAGGCAACGCCAGCCCGGUGGAACUCGUUGGUCCAGAUUCCUCGAGUGGCAGCACUGCAGUCCUCAGUUGUUCAGCACAAGCUUCCCGUCGUUUAUUGUUUCGUGUGGUUCCAGUGACACUGUAUGGACCGAGCAAGCGUGUGAACUCAUACGCACUAUUAGAUGAAGGAUCGUCAAUAACGAUGAUGGAUAAAUCCCUUCUAGAGGAAUUGGGAUUGCAUGGUCACACGCGUGAAGUUGACAUUCAGUGGUUUGGUGGAAAUGCUGUGAAAGAACAAGUAGCAGUAGUCAACCUGUACAUAAGCGGCGUAGGCAUGAAGAAGCGCCACUUUCUUCGCAACGUUCACGGGGUCGACAAACUUGACUUACCAAUGCAGAGCCUCAACGAAAGGGACAUCCGCAACGCCACCAGAUAUCGGGACAGAAUACCAGUGACGCCUUAUGAGAACGUAGUGCCAAAAGUGUUAAUCGGCUUAGAUCAUUGUCAUCUAGGCUUGCCCACUAAAACUAUGCCGUCGAACCACAACGGCCCAUACGCAGCCUUCACUGAUUUAGGUUGUGUCGUGUUCGGUCCAUGCAGUAUUUCUCCGCGCGUCAGUCCAACGUGCCUCCAUAUUAGCAAUGCUUUUGAUCACCAGAUCCAUAACAUGGUAGCCGAGUAUUUUAGCAUUGAGUCAUUCGGAGUGAAAGCAGCACCGCCUGUCAAGAGCGCAGCCGAUCAACGCGCGAAGAGAAUGCUUGAAGAAACUACUGUGAAAGUUGACGGACGAUUUCAGACCGGGUUGUUGUGGAGACGUGACAACAUCAAACUGCCCGAAAGCUACAACAUGGCUCUCCAACGUUUAGUCGGUAUCGAACGCAAAAUUGAGCGAAACAAGAACUUCGGUAAAGAGUAUCGCAACAUCGUUAAAACGUACAUUAACAAAAAAUACGCCCGCAAGCUAGAACCGCACGAAGUCGUAAAAUGUAAUGAAAGGACUUGGUACCUUCCGCAUUUCGCCGUGGCUAACCCACGUAAGCCCGGAAAGUUACGACUUGUCUUCGACGCAGCGGCUACCACUGAUGGAGUAUCUUUGAACUCACAACUGCUUAAAGGUCCUCAGCAAUAUCGACCGUUAGUAUCGGUCCUAUUUCACUUCAGAGAGGGCGCAUUUGCGGUUUGCGCCGACAUCCAGGAAAUGUACCAUCAAGUCCUAAUCCGUCCAGAAGACAGAUGUGCUCAGAGAUUUUUGUGGCGCGAUGCUGAACGCGGGAAGGCGCCGGAGGUCUACGAAAUGACUGCGAUGACGUUUGGCGCAGCAUGUUCGCCGUGUGCAGCUCACUACGUGAAAGUCAAAAACGCCUUAGAACAUCGCUCCCAUGAUCCGCGAGCCAUCAGAGCCAUCACCGAAUACCACUACGUGGACGAUUACGUGGACAGUUUCGAUUCUGAAACACAAGCCAUACAGAUAGCCCAACAAGUCCGAGAUAUACACAAGGAUGCUGGUUUUAAUCUGCGAAAGUUUACGUCGAACUCUACAAAGGUCGCCGAAGCACUAGGUGGUGUGAAGAGAGCGUUACCAAUCUUAUCUAAAGAAGGUGCAGAAUUUGAGAAGGUCUUGGGAAUGUUAUGGCAACCGCCGGAUGAUAGUUUCGCAUACCAGUUGGAAUUUUAUAGAGUCGAUUCGUCAGUGAUCGAAGGCAAGCGUAUUCCCACCAAAAGAGAAUUAUUGAGCAUAGUAAUGUCAAUAUUCGACCCGUUGGGAUUCCUCAGUCACUUUACUAUCUCCGCAAAGCUGGUGUUACGCGAGCUCUGGAAGCGAAGUAUAGGUUGGGAUGAACCAGUUCCCAACGAAGUCAAUGCUAUGUGGUGCGUCUUUCGUAAGCAAUUGCUGAAAGUUGUUGAGUGCAGAGUUCCGCGCCACUAUUUUCAAAUGGGUCCAUCUAGGGAACUACAGCUGCACGUAUUUGUAGACGCCAGCGAGAACGCAUUCAGCGCAGCAGCCUACUGGAGAUCGGAGAAUAUGAAUCGCAUCAUCGAGGUGUCGCUUGUCUAUGCCAAGACUAGGAGCGCACCCAUUAAGCCGCUCACCAUUCCCCGACUCGAGCUACAAGCAGCUGUGUUAGGAACUCGCAUGAUGACUACUAUAAUAAGUGAACAUAGCGUUCGAGCCAACCGAUGUGUUAUGUGGAGCGAUUCCAAAACGGUUCUUAAGUGGUUAUUUAGUAAACACCGCCGCUAUAAACCGUUCGUGGCACACAGGAUAGCUGAAAUUCUCGACGUCACUAAGCCGUCCGAUUGGAGAUGGGUUCCGACGAACCAAAACGUGGCUGACGAGGCAACGCGACCCAACAAGGCAAUAAAUCUCAGUCCUUCGUCCCGCUGGUUCACUGGCCCUGAGUUUCUGUACAACAACGAGCAACUCUGGCCAAAGGACGCUGACGUCGCUGAUGAAGCUGAAGAUGACGAGGAAGAGAUUCGCACAAAAUUUGCCUUCAUUGUCAUUAAGAAGAGUAGUUGCCUGGGUGAUACGGUUCCUCCACUAUUGCCGUAG